CAAGCUCGUAUUAAGCUAAUGCGCAUUGCUGAAUGGUAUAAUGACACACACGCUCGUGCACAUCCAACGGAAAAGCGAUUGAUUGCCGCAGAAAUGUCAAUGAUAGAGGAGCAAAUGAAUCCACUAAUGGAGUCAAUUAAAUGGAGCUUGUUCAGUCAACGCUUUAUAGUGAUGAUAUUCAAAAUGGUCAAGUACUUGCACGACCGCUUAGUUGCUGCCCAAGAAAACCUUGAAGCUAUAAGGGAGAGUAUAAAAUCCUGGGGGAAAGUUCCACUUUUUCAACGCAAAGAUUUAAAUCCACGGCUUUUACUUCACACAGAACCAAGGGAGCCCAUUCUUAGUAUGCGAUCGGCAAUGGCAUCAAACACCCAGAGACUCAUUGACCUUCUCAUGUACAUAAAUUUAAAACUAUUUUUUGAUAUUCCACGAAGGUAUAGUUUACCUCCCGGAGAGCACGGUGAGGAGGAUGAGGAGGGCGAUGGUAUAUGGCCGCCUAUUACGAGCCUCUCUGCGAUGACAAGUCUUCAGGAUAAGGCUGAGUUGGAUAGACAACGUCUGGAAAUUAUGAACAAAAUAAAGCUCGCCCUGCAAGCUAUUCGAGUACAUGGCAAGGGCUACAUGGAUUAUUCCAGCUUGUGGAUUUGGGAUAAAAGCAUAUAUUUGGCGGAAGUAAAAAUCGGUCGCAACUUAACUUUAGACGAACGCGAUGCCGAGGCAGACCAGGAAGGUAGCUCACUGGUUAAGCCUUUGGGUAUGGAAAACCCUCCACUUUCGGUCUAUAAAGAACAGCUUGAUAGGUUUAUAGAGCUACAAGAUCAAAUACGUACUUGGGACACGCAUGAAGACUUCUUUGUCUUCUUGAGACUGAACAUGACUGGGUUUAAGGCAGCGGUGCUAAAUCAAGUUGGUCAGUGGAUAAGUCUAUUUAAGAUGGAUUUAAUAAAUCGAGUUAAAAAUUCACUUAAGGAGCUGCAAGAUUUUGUUGAUGAGGCCAAUGUAGUACUGAAAAUAGAGCUGCAAAAGGAUGAUUUUGAAGGUUUAGUCAAGAUUUUAUCUGUUCUGAAUCAGAUCAACGAAAAGCAGUACAUAUAUGAUUCUAUGUUUGAACCACUUAAGGAAAUUAUUGACUUUCUUAAACUUUACAACUACGAGUUCAAAGACACUGAAUUGGCCCAAAUUAACGAGUUACCUGAUGCUUGGAUGAAAGUGAAACGCCUAGCAGCUACGACAAAGCAGGUUAUUGCUCCAAUACAAAGCUAUCAAGUGGAUCUUAUUGAAAAGCGCAUUCUUCUCUGCGACAAUAUGGCAAAUACCUACCGAAAGAAGUUUAUUGGAAAGAAGUUCUUUUUUGUUCCGUGCUUAAACUGCUAUGAUUGCAUUGACGAAUCAGAUUUGGAAAUUGUUGCUUUAGAAGAACGUCAAAAAAGUCUAGCUGAAUCAGCUGUUCUAUUUGAAUUACAGGGCCCAGAUGCUUCAAAAAUAGAACUUUGUAGAUUUGACUUAAAACUGGUAAAGAUAAUGUGGGAUUUUGUCAUCACAAUACAGUCUACUAUUAACGAUUGGAAAAAGACUCCGUGGAAAAAAAUUGACAUCGAAAAUAUGGAUCAGGAGUGCAAAAAGUUUGGCCGUGAGCUUCGUGGUCUUGAUAAAGCCAUGCGAGAUUGGGAGCCAUUCAUUUUUAUAGAAGCAUCACUUAAAAAUCUUAUGACCUCCCUUCGAGCGGUAACUGAGCUACAAAAUCCCGCCAUCCGGGAUCGUCAUUGGGUAGAAUUGAUGCAAACCACCCAAGUUAAGUUUAGCAUGGAUGAUUCCACUACACUUAAGGACUUGAUUGAUCUCAAUCUUCACGAGUAUGAAGAAGAGGUAAAGAAUAUUGUCGACAAAUCAGUUAAAGAAAUGGCAAUGGAGAAGCAGCUUAGAGAUAUAGCUGCUGCUUGGGCCACUAUGGAGUUCGGCUCAGAAAUACAUGAACGAACCGGCAUUAAGCUGCUAAAAGCAUCUGAAGAAAUGAUCGAAACAUUAGAAGACCACCAAGGACAACUUCAGAAUAUGGCCUCAUCAAAAUAUAUUGCAUUCUUUGAACACGAGGUGCGCCUUUGGCAAAACAGAUUAUCAAAUGCUGAUCAGAUAAUUGGAUCUUGGUUUGAAGUGCAACGAAAAUGGCAAUACUUGGAAAGCAUUUUCAUCGGAUCCGAGGAUAUUCGGUCACAGCUGCCCGAGGACUCAAAACGUUUUGAUUAUAUUGAAGAGUUUAAGGCGCUUUUAGCUCAAAUGAACGCCGACAGGAAUGUUGUGAGAUCCACAAAUAGAUCCGGCAGCAAGUUGUAUGAACAUCUUGAGAUGUUGCUUAAGAUGCUGCUGCUCUGCGAAAAGGCAUUGAAUGACUAUUUAGAAACCAAGCGCUUAGCCUAUCCUCGAUUUUAUUUUGUAUCUUCCGCAGAUCUGCUAGAUAUCUUGUCUAAUGGUAACAACCCUGCCCUUGUUGCGCGGCACUUAACAAAGCUCUACGACUCGAUGGGAAAACUUAAUCUUAUCUCUGGGUCAAAGCUUGCAGCUGGAAUGGUAGCAAAAGAGCUAGAAGAGUAUGUUCCAUUUCUGGAGAACUGUGAUUGCAGCGGUAAAGUAGAGGUCUGGCUUAACCGAAUAACAGAUAAAAUGCGUGAUACUUUACGCGACCAACUAAAGCGUUCCUUAACAUUUUAUGAUAACAAGCCUCGCCACGUAUGGAUAUUUGAGUGGCCUGCCCAGCCAGCUCUUGUUGGUACACAAAUAAUGUGGACUACGGAGACUAAUGAUGCAUUUGCCAAGGUUCAACAGCGCUAUGAGAACGCACUCAAAGAUUAUAAUAAAAAACAGGUCAACCAGCUUAACAAUCUUAUAAUACUACUUUUGGGCGAUCUCACAGCCGCCGAAAGGCAGAAGAUCAUGACAGUCUGUACCAUUGACGUCCAUAGUCGCGAUGUUGUAGCAACUAUAAUAGCCAAAAAGGUAGAAAUACAAACCGCCUUUCAGUGGCAAAGCCAAUUGCGACACCGUUGGGACCCUAAGAUUGAUGAUUGUUUUGCUAAUAUCUGUGAUGCCCAAUUCCGUUACGAUUACGAAUACUUAGGCAAUACGCCGCGACUUGUGAUUACACCAUUAACAGAUCGCUGCUAUAUUACCCUUACUCAGUCACUACAUUUGGUGAUGGGUGGGGCUCCUGCAGGACCGGCUGGGACUGGUAAAACAGAAACUACUAAAGACCUAGGACGAGCUUUGGGUAUGAUGGUUUAUGUGUUUAAUUGUUCAGAGCAAAUGGAUUAUAAGUCCAUAGGCAAUAUUCACAAGGGCCUAGCGCAAACUGGUGCUUGGGGAUGUUUUGACGAGUUCAAUAGAAUUUCAGUGGAAGUUUUAUCCGUAGUUGCCGUGCAAGUAAAAUGUAUACAAGAUGCUAUUAAGAGUAAGAAACAAAUUUUCAGCUUUUUGGGCGAGCCUAUUGUUUUACGUACCACCGUUGGCGUGUUUAUAACGAUGAAUCCCGGUUAUGCUGGACGAGCAGAAUUGCCGGAGACUAAAGCCUUAUAUAGGCCAUGUGCAAUGGUUGUACCCGAUUUCGCUUUAAUAAGCGAGAUAAUGCUGGUGGCCGAGGGAUUUCAGGAAGCUCGUUUGCUCGCACGCAAAUUUAUCACUCUUUAUACUUUAUGUAAGGAACUCCUCUCUAAGCAAGAUCAUUAUGACUGGGGUCUGCGUGCAAUUAAGUCAGUUCUUGUAGUGGCCGGUGCGCUCAGG